UUGCUGUGUUUCAACUCAGCUUUCAGGGUUUCAGACUGUUAGAAAGCUUUUUUAAGCUUUUUUAAGAUCUUGUUCAUCUUCCUCCUUAAUCUUCUUAGCUCUAUCAACAUCAGUAUCUUCAUGGAGCACCAUCAACCUCAAGAGUUGGAGUUACAGAACACAGGUGUUGAUGACAGAGUUUCAAAGACACAUAAAGACAUUCCUAAGCUUCCAAGAUUCAUCGAUUACAGGUGGUGGUUCCGCGUAACCCUUUACAUCCUUUUUCUUCUGGCUGGCCAAUCUGCGGCUAUUCUCUUGGGAAGAUUGUACUAUGACAAAGGAGGAAACAGCAAAUGGAUGUCAACCUUUGUUCAAUCAGCAGGCUUCCCAAUUCUACUUCCCCUCAUAUUUUUCUUUUCCCCAUCGACCUGCAGUGCCACCAGAACCAGAUCUCCCAUUUCUAGCCUGAAAAAGACCUCCACUCUUACCAUCCUUUAUGCUGCCUUCGGCCUUCUGUUAACAGGUGACAAUCUGAUGUACUCUUAUGGGCUCUUGUACUUGCCUGUCUCUACAUAUUCACUUCUAUGUGCUACCCAAUUAGGCUCCAAUGCCAUUUUCUCCUUCUUCCUCAAUUCCCAAAAGUUCACCCCUUUAAUACUCAACUCCCUUGUCCUCCUCACCACCUCUGCCUCCCUUUUAGCCGUCAAUGCAGGCUCUGAUGACAGUAAAAGCACCGUCCCCAAAACAAAGUAUGCAAUCGGGUUCCUCCUCACUGUUGCUGCAUCUGCUACCUUUUCUCUGUACCUUUCCUUAGUGCAACUCUGCUUUCAGAAGGUCAUAAAAGCAGAGACCUUCUCUGCUAUUCUGGAUAUGCAGAUAUAUCCCUCGUUCGUUGCAACCUGUGGUUGUGUUGUGGGGUUAUUUGGCAGUGGAGAAUGGAGUAGUUUGUCAAAGGAGAUGAACGAAUACAGGCUAGGGAAGGCAUCGUAUCUAAUGACUUUGAUUUGGAUAGCUUUGUCAUGGCAGAUUUCAUCUGUGGGGAUGUUGGGGCUGAUUUUUGAGGUGUCAUCUCUAUUCUCCAAUGUGAUCAGCACCUUGGCUCUGCCUGUCGUCCCUAUUCUUGCUGUGAUAUUUUUCCAUGAUAAAAUGAAUGGAGUCAAGGCCAUAGCUUUGCUGCUAGCUAUCUGGGGCUUCCUUUCCUACAUCUAUCAGCAUUAUUUGGAUGACUUGAAAUCAAGGACGAAAACAACCACCUCCGCUGAGGUUUCUGCGGAUCUAACAGAGGAGAGCUGAUGGUUUGUUUUUUUUGUUUAGAUGUUGGGUGAUAUUCUGUGACAGACAGUUUACACAUCCCAGCCUAAUAAUAAGUUUACCUUUUCAGUCAAAUCGGCGAAGAAUGACCUCUUCCUAACGUCUCUCAAAAGUUCAAUACUUUGCAAAGAAUGCCAGUGGUUUGGUUAAUUCUUAGGUAGUCCAGCAUCUUUGUCCCUUUGUUACCAUCAGUGAAUUAUUUUGCAGGAAAUAUAUUCAAUCUUUACCA